UUUUUAUACCGUUUUCGUCCUUCACUGGCAAUAGAUCGAACUGGUUAUUAUGGAGUUUUAACUUGAAAUAUUAUUAUUAUUAUUUUAGUAUGACCACUGAGGAUAUUUGCCGUAUUUGCGGCAAUACAAAACCGAUCAAAAUGUUCCGCUUCUCGGAUGCAGCUUGUGAUGGGAAUAGGACAACCGCUCAAGUGAUAGAAGACUGCUUUGGAUUAUCGAUAUCGGAAGAGGAAUUGUCAAGCUCGUAUUGUAUUUUAUGCAAAAAUGAUCUGAAAGUAGCACUAAGUUUGGUAACGAAAAUUCGAGAAUCAGAUUUGAGGCUUAAAUCGAUACUUUCGAUACCAAAAGUAGAAAUCGUUGAAUCUAGUGUUGAUAACAUAUCAACGGAGUUUAUCGCAGAAACUGAAAUCAAAUCCGAAGUUUACGAUGAGUGUUUUAACAAAACUGACGAUGAACUCAGCAACCACCUAGAUUCUUCACGUAGUACUUCUCCAAAAAGGCGAGAGCGUCCUAAAAGGCAGUGUGCGGUAGAUACCAAAACGGUUUUCGACAAUGAAGACCAAAAUGAAUUGGGAGAAUAUGUUAAUCAAGCUGAGGCAACAUUCGCUAAUCCAGAAGUACAGAACAGAAAGGUUAGGCGAUUAAGUACUUACACAACUCGUUCAGAAGACGCUCUGUCAGCGUCAUCAGGCGAUUCGGAUGAUUCCGAUUUUGCACCCGACGGUGAAUCACGAGAUGAAUCUCAAGAUCUUAGAACCAAAAAGCGAGUAUAUUAUGGCGUAAAGGCCAAUUCGCAACCAAAACGAUGUUGUUCUUGCAAGAAUUAUCCACUUGAUUCGCAAGACAAAGUUGAAGAACAUUCCAGCAAACACCAUCUCAAGUUGCGUGUAACCAACCCGAAAGAAUAUGGGGACCGGAUAUUUGAAUGCCCAGUUUGCUUCAUGAGAUUUGACGUGAGGAAACUAUUGCUACAGCAUCAACGUAAAAUGUACGUCGAUAUGUUGCAUCCAUGCAAACAAUGCGAUGAAGAAUUUGCGAAUGUCUACGUCCUGCAGAAACAUGUACAACUGAACCACCAACGAAAACUAAAACUUCGUGAACUCGAAGAGCUACGUAUGAGGAGUAACAUUUGUUGCGGUUGUCGGAAAAAAUUCGAUUCCCAGGAGGAAUUGAAAGAACAUGCCAUUGAAGUUCACUUACCUCAGCGUGAGAGUCCCGAUGGGGAAAAUUCAGUGGAGUGUGACAUUUGUUACAAAACAUACAAAUGCUUCAAGUAUCUCAAAGCCCAUCGGUUGCGAUUCUUCAAAAAGAAAAACUUGAUAUGCGCUCAAUGCGGUAAAAUUUUUCGGGAAAAGGCGCAACUGGAAGGACACGAAGAUUCCCAUCGGAAUGUUCGCAGGUACGAAUGUCCAGUUUGUCACGCUAAGUUCUCAAUGAAAGCUUCCUGGCAAGCUCAUGUAAGGUAUCACGAUGCUCAAGAAAUUUACAAUUGCGAAUACUGUGGCAAAAGUUUCCGGAAGAAAGGUCUGAUGAAGGCACAUCUGCGAAUUCAUUCCACUGACAGGCCUCACAAAUGUCCCAUGUGUCCUCUGACGUUCACCCAAAAGAAUCGCCUGAAUUCCCACGUCUUGGAACAUUCCGGACGGAAGACGUUCAAGUGCGAUCGCUGUCCGGCAUCUUACGUUCAUCAGCGAGCUCUCCGACGACACUUUCGCGAAAAGCACGAGGGAAUCCGCACGUUCAAGUGCCACAUUUGUCCUAAGGGAUUCAUUGAACUGAGACCGCUGCAAGUUCACUUGAAAACGCACGAAAAGAGCAAAGAGGCGACUUUCUCAAAAAACUAAUUUAUUUUUAAAUCGAAUUCAUUGUAAAAGAUGACAUAGAUCGUAUAUAAACCAUUUUAAAUAAACUAAUCGAAUCGAA